AUAAAUACCCAAUUCGCAUAUAUCUCUGAGUCUCCUACCCCUUGCCCCCUCCCAUCCCCAAAUAGCCAAUAUUUUACGCUUACUUUUUUCCUCCACCUUCUUCUUGCUAACUUCCCACUACUCACGCACAACACAACACACUACUCUGCCUGACGAAAAAAAGAAAGAAAUGAUGGGUGUGAUGAGCAACCGUUGUUCCCACACUUCCCACAUCACGGCCAUCAUCAUCACCAGCUUCUUCCGCCAUAAAUUCUAAAGAUUUCACCUUUUUUCUGUGUUUGCCAACAACCAUCUUCAGCCCGCACUCCCGCCAAAAUGCCCAAUUCUUGAAUUCUCUUGCUUAUUUUUGUCCCCCCCCCCCCCCCCCCCCCCAAAAAAAAAACUUUCUUUUUUUGUUGAUGUGUUAAUGGGCAGUGGCAGCGCUAUAGAUCUGUCUAAGAAGAUGAAAUCUCGUGGUCUUGAUUCUGUGUUUGCUUCUGCUCCUUCAGAUUCGUUUCUUGGGCCGGGAGCGAUGGUGAGUUUCGGAAAUGUUGGUAGGGAUGACAGAUCAGGAAACUCGUUCUAUCAGUUGUUUGAGAUGCAGGAGAACGGGGACGAAUACUUUGAUGACUAUUUUAGUCAGCCGGAGAAGAAGAGGAGGCUCUCAGCAGAUCAAGUCCAGUUUCUCGAGAGGAGUUUCGAUGUUGAGAAUAAACUCGAGCCAGAUAGGAAGCUUCAGCUGGCGAACGAGCUUGGCCUGCAGCCUCGUCAGAUUGCAGUGUGGUUCCAGAACCGGAGGGCUCGUUGCAAGACGAAGAGCCUUGAAACAGAAUACGAGACAUUGCACUCGAGCUAUAAGAGCUUGAAGAUGGACUAUGAUAACCUCGUCAAGGCGAAUGAGAAGCUAAAAGCUGAGGUUCUUCACCUCGAACACAGCGGGACUGCUCAAGAUGUGGAGAUAUUGGAUACUAAGGAACUAUCAGAAGCAAUGCCAACAUCUACCGAUGAAGAACAUAAAGUUUCUAUUUCGACUUCUAAGAAUGAUGAGCAAAGCUCAACAAAAAGUGAUGUCACCAAUGAAGACAGUCCCCGGUUGAGAGGCGAGGCUCAUCAUCACCAUCUGUUUGUUGAAUCAGGUGAGUCUUCUCAUGACUUUGAUCCCGGUCAGUCUGUUUUCUCGCUUCAUGGAGAAGAUAGCUUGAAUCACGAGGAAUUGCUACAACAUGCCUGUGUCUUUCCUAAGACCGAAGAUGUCUAUUGUCACAACCAUGCAACUUCCUGUGGCUAUGGAUUUUCUGUCGAAGAUCUUGCCUUCAAUUUCUGGUCGUAUUAAGUUCUUGUCCGUAUAUUUUUACGACCUUUUUGACACCCUUUUUCGUAUUAUUGCUAGGUAAUAAGUGAGUGUUGUAACAAUAAUCCCAGUUCCCCCAAUCAUAGUUGGGCCAUGUCUAAAUGGUAUAGGCUUGUUUCAAGCUUUUGUUCAUCUAUGUAUCAUAUUUUAGUGAAAAAUAUGUGAAAUA